UGAAACCAAAACAAAAUAAUAUUAUGUGAAAAUAAGUUCAUGAAUUAAACUACUUAAUCGGCACGCACGGGUUUUUCUUCUCUAUUUUCCUCUCAUCAAAACCGGCAGCUAUUCUCUUCUCCUCCCAAGCUAGGGCACACACAGUUGGUUGAAGGAAGAUGGGAGGUGGGUUUAGAGUCCUUCAUCUGGUCAGGCCGUUUCUUUCGUUUCUUCCUGAGGUGCAGAGCGCUGAUCGAAAAAUUCCAUUCAGAGAGAAGGUUAUUUAUACUGUCAUCGCACUCUUCAUCUUCUUGGUAUGCAGCCAGCUUCCUUUGUACGGGAUUCACUCCACCACGGGCGCAGAUCCAUUUUAUUGGAUGCGUGUGAUCCUUGCUUCCAAUCGUGGUACUGUCAUGGAGCUUGGGAUCACUCCCAUUGUCACAUCUGGGAUGGUGAUGCAACUCCUCGUCGGGUCCAAGAUUAUUGAAGUCGACAACAAUGUGCGAGAGGACCGUGCUCUCUUGAAUGGUGCACAGAAAUUGCUGGGCAUCCUCAUAGCUGUUGGUGAAGCAGUUGCUUAUGUUCUUUCGGGAAUGUAUGGUAGCGUUAGCCAACUUGGCGUGGGAAAUGCUAUUCUUAUAAUCGUUCAGCUUUGCUUUGCCGGUAUUGUUGUCAUAUGCUUGGAUGAGCUUCUCCAGAAGGGAUAUGGUUUAGGAUCUGGAAUUUCCCUCUUCAUAGCAACCAACAUGUGUGAGAACAUUAUUUGGAAAGCAUUUAGUCCGACCACCAUUAACAGUGGAAGAGGAGCUGAAUUUGAAGGAGCUGUUAUUGCUUUAUUCCACCUGCUGAUUACCCGGACAGACAAGGUUCGUGCAUUGCGGGAAGCAUUCUAUCGACAGAAUCUCCCCAAUGUGACAAAUCUGCUUGCUACAGUUUUGAUCUUCUUAAUUGUUGUCUACUUCCAAGGCUUCCGGGUGGUUCUGCCUGUGAGGUCAAAGAACUCCCGUGGACAACAGGGUUCUUACCCAAUUAAGCUUUUCUACACCUCCAACAUGCCUAUCAUUCUUCACUCUGCUCUUGUUUCCAACCUUUACUUCAUCUCUCAGUUGCUAUACAGGAAGUACAGUGGGAACUUCCUGGUGAAUCUUCUGGGUAUAUGGAAGGAAUCUGAGUAUUCAAACGGCCAAUCCAUCCCUGUUGGUGGCCUUGCUUAUUACAUUACCCCACCAUCAAGCUUAGCUGAUAUGGCAGCCAAUCCCUUCCAUGCUUUGUUUUAUCUCGUCUUCAUGCUUUCAGCAUGCGCACUCUUCUCUAAAACUUGGAUUGAAGUUUCUGGUUCCUCCGCCAGAGAUGUGGCCAAGCAGCUGAAGGAACAACAAAUGGUCAUGCCUGGACACCGUGAAUCUAACUUACAGAAAGAGUUGAACCGUUACAUACCCACAGCAGCAGCAUUCGGAGGAAUGUGCAUUGGUGCACUGACCGUGUUGGCUGAUUUCAUGGGAGCAAUCGGUUCUGGAACUGGAAUUUUGCUUGCAGUGACAAUUAUUUAUCAGUACUUUGAGACCUUCGAGAAGGAGAAAGUCAGCGAACUGGGUCUGUUUGGUUUCUAAACUUUUUCGUUCAGUUUAAUUUACACUUUGGUGGUGCCAAAGAGCUCCCUGUCAAUUUUGGUGCCUAGGGAUUUUCACAAGUCUUAUUGUUAACAAAUCUUAAGAUCUUGGGACUCUGAAUCUCCACGCCUUCUCUUUUGUGCUUCUACUUUCAUAGUUCCACGUUCAAUUUCUUUUUGCUGCAACAACAACACCGUCGUAGAUUUAACAAAAAAGAACAAGUCGGAUUUAUAUGUUAGCUACUGAAAUGAUGUCGAUUGUCAGUCAGAAUAGGAAAGCAAGCUACCAAGUUUAUUAGCUUUUGAAGUUCCAAAUUUUCAAUCUGUAACACUUGGAUUAUUAUCUCUUUCGCCUUUUCUUCUUUAUAUGUGGAACAAUUGGUAUUUGGAACCAUUUCAGUUACACUACACAUCUCAUUGUUACUCUUUUCA